UUGGUUACACGAACAGUACCGCGGUGCAUCAUUUUUCAAUACACAAGUCGUGCGUCGGCGUGCAUUCUCUCAUUCAAAAAAAAAAGUCCGCUGCUCACGGAAUUAAGACGGAAGUGAAGCUUUUUUACGUUUUCUUUUUUUUUUCUUAAAAAAUUUCUCAGUUCGUUAAUGUGAUUUUCUGGUGCCUUUCCAUUUAUCGGAUUACACAAUCAAAGACCGAAAAUGCCGGGACUAAUCGACACGCCGGACAAUGAAGCGGUACCGUUAACGCCCAUACAGAAGUUUUACUCGGGCGCAAACGUAUUCGUGACCGGAGGGACCGGUUUUUUGGGUAAAAUGCUAAUCGAGAAGCUAUUGAGGUCGUGUCCCGACAUAUCGACCCUAUACGUCUUGGUGCGAAGCAAAAAGGGACGCAACAUGCACACGAGAGUCGAGGAGCUCUUCGACGACAAGCUCUUCGACAGUCUCAGAUCGACGUGUCCGAAAUUUCGGCACAAGGUGGUCGGAAUCGCCGGCGACUGCAGCCUGACCGAUUUGGGACUGACGAUACAGGAUCGACAGUUGUUGAUCCAAGAGGUCUCCAUAGUUUUUCACGUCGCGGCAACGGUCCGUUUCGAUGAGAAGCUGAAGCUAGCGAUGGCAAUCAACGUAAAGGGGCCUAGGGAGGUUCUCUACCUGUGCCGGGAGAUGAUAAAUCUCAAAUCGGUCAUCCACGUGUCAACGGCGUACUCGAAUUGUAACCUGAGCAUGAUCGAGGAGAAGUUUUACCCGCCGCCGCUCGACAGCAAGAAGUUGAUAAUGCUCACCGAUACGAUCCAGGAGAGGCUGCUGGAUAAGGUGACGCCGAUAUUACUAGAUCAGUGGCCCAACACCUACACGUAUACCAAAUCCGUGGCAGAAGACAUCGUGCGGUUGGAGGGUGAAGGUCUGCCGGUAGGCAUUUUUCGACCAGCUGUCGUGGUAUCGGCCUAUAAGGAGCCGAUGAAGGGUUGGAUCAAUAAUAUGUACGGGCCUACGGGGGUGUGCGCGGGUGCCGGUACCGGCGUCCUCAGAACGAUCCAUUGCGAUGCCAGCGUUAACGCCAAUAUCGUACCGGUGGACAUGUGCGUCAACUCCCUAAUCGCGAACGCAUGGGACGUCGCCGAAACCUACGCGCUCUGCAAGAAGCAACAACGCGAGUACCAAAUCCCGAUAUGCCACUACGAGUCCAGCAACGAUCAGCCACUCUACUGGGGCAAGUUCAUGGAACUCUCGGCGCUGCACGGUAUGGAGGUACCUUCAAUCAAAGCCAUAUGGUAUUACUGCCUAACGCUCCAAGCGACCAGACUCGGUUACAACUUCACAGUAUUCUUCCUGCACAUCCUUCCGGCCGCAAUCUGCGAUUUCGCCCUGCUCUGCGUCGGCAAAUCGCCGCGACUCCUCAAAAUUUACAAAAAGAUCCACAAAUUCACCGCCGUCAUCUCGUACUUCUGCACGCGGAAUUGGCAAUUCAAGUCGUCCCGCUACCAGGAGAUCAUCGCGAAAAUGACGCAGGAGGACAGGAGGAUAUUCUUUCAAAACUUGAAGGAACUCGACUGGGAGGAGUACUUCAAGGAGUACAUUAAGGGCAUACGGAUUUACCUAAUCGGCGAUCCUGAGCACACAAUGCCCGCGGCCAAGGCGAAGUGGCAACGGUUGUUCUGGUUGCACCAGGCGUUUAAGGUGCUUCUUGCCUUUGUUAUUUUGAGGACGUUAUGGGCGGUGCUCUGCAUGUUUAUGUCAUAGUUUAAAAGCAUACUUUUUUUGUAUAUACUAUUCAUAUUUCCAUAUAAAUCUGUAAGCAUCACCAUAUAUUUAUACUAAUAAAAUUGAAAUAAUCUGUGAUCAUA